UAGUGAUAUAAAUUCAAAUAGAUUUUUGGAAAAUUUCAUGUCCAAUCAUCGUAUAUUUGAUGGUUUAAUGAAUUUAUUCAUUUCGGCCAAUUUGAAUCAUUCGAUUGCGGAUAAACAACAACAACACCAGGAUGAACUAUGGAUAUUGUUAGUGUUGACAAUAUUUUUAAAUUAUCAAAAACCAAAUACAAAUCCAUUCAUGAUAAAAUUAUCAAUCGUUGACAACGACAUUGUCUUGAACAGAUAUUCAAGAACAAUUACAAAUCAUUUAAUGCAAUCAAUCAUCAAAUAUGAUCAAUUGAUUAAUGAAAAUAAAACUGGCCUGUUUUCAUCCAUUUCUAAUAUGGUUGGUACAAUAUUUUCGAAUGAAGAUAAUAUCAACAACAGUACAAUAGUGAAUGGAAUAACAAGUAAAAAAUUUCCAUUUCAUAUUGUAAAUUUAGUUUUACUUGCAUUAUAUGAAGCUGUUUCAUUGAAUCGGAAUUUUAUUUCCUUAUUAACUACUACAUUAACCGAUUUACAAUCAGACAAUGAAAAUGAAUCAUCGGAUAAUAAUAAUGUUAUUAUACAGAAUAAUUUCAUCGGGAUUAUACCAACAAAUUUAUUGGUAACAUUUUUGGAAUUUUCUUCAAUCAUUAUGCUCGGUAUAAAAGACGGUGCAAACACUAAAACCGCAAGACUUUGUUUUAUAAUAUUAACCUGUAUUACCGAGGAUGCAAGUGCCAAUUCUAUUAUACAUGAUAAUAAUAUGUCAUUUAUAGUGAAUUUACGGCGAAUGCCAAUGCGACAUAGAAAAGCAUCUAUGGAAAGAAAUAAAAAUGUAUUACGUCCAAUUUGUCAUACUAUCAUGGAUUUAAUGAUUGAAUUUAUUCUAACACAUUUAAAUCGUCAAACAAAUCAAGAAUCAUUUGGUUUUUGCCUCGGUAUUGUGCAACGAAUUCUUUGCUUUCAAAAACGUUUUAAAGUACGAAUAAAUUUUGAUUGGAAAGAAUUAUGGUCAUCAUUAAUAUUGUUGAUAAAAUUUUUAUUAAAUAAUGAAACGUAUUUUUUUAAACAACAAUCACAAUCAAACAAUGGCAAUAUUAACAAUAUGUUUGCCGUUUUACAACAAAUCAUCAUUAUAUUCAAUAUUUUUAUACUUUAUGGUGAUAAUUUCCUACAUAAUGAUCAUUGUUAUGAUGAACUUUAUUAUGAAAUAAUACGUAUGCAUACUAUAUUUGAUAAUCUUAAUUCAUUUGCCUUACGUCACAUGACAAAAGAAGAUGCCAAUAACAAAUGUAAUAAUAAUGAUGGUGAUGAUAAUAAUCAUAGUUAUAAAGAAGAAUCAAAUAAAUUAAUAAAUAAUUUAAUAAAUAUAAAAGCAAUUAUAGCACAUUUAAAUAUAAAAUUAGAAUUAUAUUCACAACAAAAUAAAAUUAUAACAUUAUCCGAACAACAAGUAUUUGAUAUUGUAAGAAAUAAUUAUGAUACAUUAACAUUAAAAUUGGUAGAAAAUAUUGAUUCAUAUGAACCAUAUAAUUUUGCUAAAUGUAAUGAAAUUGAAUUUUUUAAUCAAAUUUUACAUUCGAUAAUUGAAGAUUUAACAACGCAAAUAUCAAAACCACCACAACCAUUAUUCACUAUUGAUUCAAAUGAACAACAUAAUCUAAUUCAAGAAAUACAAACAAUGUUUUCCAUUCAAAACAAUAUUACAACAUUAUGUACGAAUGAUAAUGAUGAUACUGCUGUUAUUCCAUCAUCUCCAACUGAUAUUAUUAAUUUUAAUGAAUCAAUUUUAUCAUCAUCAACAACAUCUUUCGAAUGAAGAUUUUCCUGAUUUUGAAUGAUUCGAUUUCAUUUGGUUUUUUGUCUUCUCCAUAAAACACAUCUAUUCACAUCACAAGAAUCAUUCAUUCAUUCAUUCAUUUUCAACGUCAGAAUAAACGUAAGAAACAAUAUCCAAUGCCAUUUUUCUCAUUUAAUUCUCAAUUGGAUUGCCAAAUCACACACACAAAAGUACAAUCAUCAUUAUUUGUCCUAUUCUGGAGGAUAUACUCUCUCUACUUUAACGAUAAUAUUCCGACCAAUAACAAAACAAAACAAAUACAAUGUAU